CCGUGGUCGAACCAAGGGAUCAAGCAACGGGAGCAAUGGGCCAUGUCGAAGGCCCGAGCAGGAUAGGGAAGCCUUCUUGAACCCAUGAUGCCGAUCAUUGCAGGAACACCUCUUUCAAGUGCAAACCACACUUGUGCCUCGUGCGUGUCUCUCGGCGCAAAAGACAUAGCUAUUAUAUCCCUCUUCAGUAGUAUCAACUGCAGUCCUUAUGCUCCCAUCAGUCAGCGGAAUAAGAGCACUAAUAUCGUCAAUAUACGCGUCGGCCCCGCGCGGAAACAUAGUGCCUCCUCCCGGAAACCUGAACCGGUCCCCCUCGACUUGAAUCCAGUUCUGAACAGCCUUCUCAAUACUCAACUCCUUGUGAGGUAUAUUAGAGUACCACGCGUAAUCCCUGCUUUGUGGCCAUUUAAAGGGGCUCUUAUAGUUCGGUGGGGCCGGGAUAAGACACCUCAGCAGCUCGUCUUUCGUAGGGCAGUGCCUUUCCCUGUACUUGAGCAUGUCCCGGUCGAACUUCCGGCCUCUUUGCUGGUCUUCGCACGGAGUGUACUCGGCCGGAAUUUUUCGGUUGAAUCGGAAGAGUUGACUGCCAGCUGGUGGUGGGUCUCGAAGUCCAGCUGGUCGGGGAUUAUUGAUGAGGUGGCGGAUGAGGAGGAUUGUGGAAGAUGGGUUUUGAUGUUUUCGUUUUCGUUUUCGCAGUUGACUUUUGAGGAGGAGAAGUCGGUUUGGGUUGACUGGAUGGGGGAUCGACCUUGCCAAGCGCCUAAAAUGUAG